AUGAUCAUCCUCACCCGUGCCAGAUUUGCAAAGCGGCUCGCCCUCCGUCUCUCCAAGGCGAAAAGAAAGGUUCCCGCGAAAGCUCAGCCCCACCAGCACCACCCCGAGUCCGCUACCACCCGGCGUUUCGUCCAGGGCGUACCUCCGGACGAGGUUAUCGCGGUGACCGCCCGUCGCAUGGCCAAGGCAGAGCGCGACGAGCGCAUGGAUAUCACCCUUGCCCUGACCGAAGUCAAGGAAUACAUGGGCGGCUUCACCCGCCCCAGGGAUCUCAGCGCCUCCCGCUGGUUCCGCGGCGGUACCUACGAUCGGCGUGGGACCGUCUACGAGUCCCCACCCGAGGCCGCGUACGAGUCGCACACGGUCUUCAUCGUCGAGUCCCGGUACCCGGUCGUGCAUGGCAUCGGGCGCAUCGACACCGAGGAACAGUUCGUCGGAGUGUGCCGCGAGGGUGACCUCCCCGCUCUACUCGCGUCCUUCAACUCGGCCAAGACCAGGGGCGAGUUUCGGGAGGCGAUGGACAACGCUCGCUGGCCGUGGAUGCAGAACCACCCAAUGCCGCGCAAGACAGUGUGGUGGGAGCCCGGCGAGUCUCCCGAUGCGGUGCAUCGCAAGGCGAUUGAGGAGAGCACAGACUUUGCAAGCGAGCUCCAGGAUGGGAAGCGGGUCCCCGUGGAAUUGCUGACACCUGCGUCUUCGUCGUACGAUGCGCGCUCACACCUCAAGCAGCGGCGCUCGUUCCAUGCCUCUGCGCUUGCACGCGCGGGUGACCACUCAUCCUCAUCCUCAUCUCCAUCCUCGUCGUUCCAGAACCGUGACAAGAGCCUCCCUGCGUCGUCCUGGAGUCGUCCACCGCGACCGCCACAGGAUGCGGACGACAACGUUGUGCCGGCGUUCUACGUCGAGCGGAAGCGGCAACGAGAUGACAUCUCGGAGCGCAAAGUGGCGGAGAGCUCGUUGAUGGCAGAGCUCAACGCGGGAAUCCUCAGCGAGGGCCUUUCCGCAUCCGUUCGCCCUCGCGAGGAGAAGAUUCCCGUCGAGGUGCGCAUGGCAGACGGUUCGGUACGGCACCCGAGUGGGUUUGAGCCGCCGACGGCCGAGACGGACUUUCACCCGGUCGCGGCGAAGACGCCCACAGAAGAAGACCCGCAGUCGAUUUUGUCUACGGUCAAGCAGAUGUGGGACGCGCGCAAGUUUGCGGAGCCUGAGGUCCCGCCGAUCAGUAUCGACGCGGACGUCGAGGCGGAGUACUUGAAGCGCAAGGUGCAGGAUAUUAUUGACAACAGCGCGGUACGGACUGCACAGAUUGCGGAGCCGGCCUCCGCGGUAAAUUUCGACCCCGUCUCAGGCGUAUCCUCAACGCCAGAGUCGCCUAGUACCACCUCGUCAUGGGACACUCCGGCACGCUCAAGGGCGCGCUCGACGGACCCCGAUAACAUCGUGCCCCCAUACUACAUUGAAAGAAAACAGCAGCGCGACUCGAUCUCACAACGGAAGGAGGAGGACGAGCUGAUGUCUGAGCUGAGUGCGGGCGUGCUGAGCGACGGCAUCGCUGCGGAGAUGCGCCUGCGAGAUGAGAAGAUCCCCGUAGAAGUGUUCGAAGAGGAUGGCAUCGUGCGGCACCCUAGUGGGUACGCCCCGCCGACGCCCGAGACCGAUUUCUAUCCUGCGUCUGCGAAGUCCCCCGAGUCGCCGCCAAAGACGCUAUGGACUGAGCUAACUGCAUCCAAGAUUGCGCGGGGGUUCCACUGGAGCGCCCUGGUGCGCGCGCAGGAGGUUCCUGACUCCUUCAGGCUGGUCUCCCCUGUCCUUGGUACAUCCCCGCCCACGCCCUCUUCGCUGCAUGUGCGCGAUAUCGCGACAACGGCGCAGGGAGAAUCAUCCGACGCAGUGUCCGCGCACGACAAACCCCCGCAGGCGGAAAAGGAUGGGGACGAGUACUCGCUCAUAUCGACCAACCCCACGCGCCCUCGGAUUUCAUACGAGCAGCUCGACAGCCGGUUGGACGCGAUCCGGCGCAAAUACAGGCCGAAGCUCGAGACAGAACCCUUCUGGCGGCCGCUGCUGACGGUGACGCUCGCAACGCGCCCACUGGCGCUCAGCUUUGCUCGUCUCGCCCGUGCGCUCCCGCGCGGCGAGCCGUUCUAUGCCUCCAUCGUCCCGGACGACCGCAAGUGCUGGAAAUCGUUCCCCACGCGCAUGCGCCAGCUGCGCUUGCGUCGUGCGCGUCAGCUCACCAUCGAAAUGGCGCGUUUCCUGGAGGGUUACCGCGGCGGGUUCGUCGGGCUGCGCUUCGGCACCGGCGACCGCGGCCGCGGGAUCGGCGGUGAGGGCUUCGCUGAGCCGAUCCCGGCGAGCAAGCGCCUCAUCCAGGUCGGCGUGGGCGAGUGGUACAAGCAUGCGGCAGACCUGCAGGAGCUGCUUCGCGAGGAGGCGCGAGAGGCGGACCUGGACAACGUCGCAGUGUUUGGGCUCGACGAGCGAGGCGCACGCACGGACGGGAAGGCGUGGGCGCCGAAGCCGCGCCCUCUGCCGCGGCUGGAGUCGCUCAACGAGUUCGCGGCGAAGAAGGGCGUGUCAUUCGAGGGCAUGGAUAAGUGGCAACGCGAGGAAGCGCGCAUGGAGUUCGCGAAGAAGUAUGCGAUGCAGAUCGCGGCGAGGCGCGCCCAGGGACAUAGUUCGGUGAUGCACCCGCCCCCAACUCACGGACGGACACUCGUACGCAGAACGUGGCAACCUGCCACACCUAUCGUAUCUUGA